AUGGGUGCUCUGCGAAAGGUGUCCCUCUCCAAGCCUCCCGGCGAGGCAGGCAAGGCAUGGCCCGGCAUCGCCAUCGGCUUCUUCGUCGCCUUUGGCGGCGUGUUGUUUGGCUAUGAUACUGGCACCAUUUCCGGUAUCCUGGCCAUGCCCUACUGGCAGAACGAAUUCAGCACUGGGUACAUCAACCCCAAGGGCCAUCUCGACGUCACAACUAGCCAAGAGUCGGCCAUUGUCUCUAUUCUUUCUGCCGGCACCUUCUUCGGCGCGCUGGCCUCGCCCUUCAUGGGUGACUACAUUGGCCGCCGACUCGCCCUCAUCGUUUCCACCUGGGUCUUCAACCUUGGCGUCGCCUUGCAAACGGCCGCCACCGCCAUCCCGCUGUUCCUCGCUGGCCGAUUUUUCGCGGGCCUCGGCGUCGGCUUGAUAUCUGCCCUCGUUCCCCUGUACCAGUCGGAAACUGCCCCCAAGUGGAUUCGCGGCGCCAUUGUUGGCGCCUACCAGUUCGCAAUCACCAUCGGAUUGCUCCUCGCCGCCAUCGUCAACAAUGCCACGUCUGGUCGAAACGACUCUGGUAGCUACCGCAUUCCCAUUGCCGUUCAGUUCGCCUGGUCUCUUAUUCUGUUUGGGGGAAUGCUCAUACUCCCCGAGUCUCCCCGCUACUUGGUCCGAGCCGGAAAGGAUGAAAAGGCGGCCAGGGCUCUUGCGACGCUUCGCCGGCUUCCGCCGGACCAUCCUGCCGUGCGCUCGGAGCUCGAGGAGGUCAAGGCGCACCACGAGUACGAAAUGACGCUGGGCGCUGCCACGUACCUGGACUGCUUCCGGCGGUUCAACAUCAAGAAGCAGUUCACAGGCAUGGCCCUGCAGGCUCUCCAGCAGCUCACCGGCAUCAACUUCAUCUUCUACUACGGCACCAAGUACUUCCAGAACUCUGGAGUGUCUUCUGGAUUUGUCAUUCAGAUGAUCACGUCGUCGAUCAACGUGGCCUCUACCAUCCCUGGAAUGUACGCCAUUGACAAGUGGGGACGGCGUCCGCUGCUCUUCUACGGGGCCAUUGGCAUGUGCGUGUCGCAGUUCAUCGUGGCCAUGUCUGGCACCUUCUCGUCCGGCCAGCGGCCGAAUGGCGACAUUUACGUCACAAACUUGGCGGGGCAAAAGGCCGCCGUCGCCUUCUCGUGCAUUUACAUCUUCUUCUUCGCCUCGACGUGGGGACCGCUCGCCUGGGUGGUGACGGGAGAGAUCUUCCCGCUCAAGCUCCGUGCCAAGUCCCUCAGCCUUACCACCGCCACAAACUGGCUCUUCAACUGGGCCAUUGCAUACUCGACUCCGUAUCUGGUCAACUUUGGUCCCGGCUUUGCCAACCUGCAGUCAAAGAUUUUCUUCAUUUGGUUUGGCUGCUGCUUCAUCUGCAUUGCGUUUGUCUACUUCUUCAUCUACGAAACCAAGGGCCUCACCCUGGAGGAGAUUGACUUGCUCUACACCGAGGUCAAGUCGGCGAGGAAGUCGACGAGGUGGAAGCCAAACGACACGUGGGUGCAUCGACAGAGUCUGGCCAAGCAGGGCGGUGGUGUCGGAGACGAGGCGACGGCCGCGACUGGUGCGGAUGAUGGUCAUGGCAUGGCGGACACGUCGGGCUUGGAAAAGAGUGGAAACUCGGCAUGA